CCGUAUAAUUUAACCAUGUGUAAAUAAAUAAAAUAAAGGAUAGAUACCUACUAAAUAAAUCAAAAUACAGUAUUAAAAGUAAGAAAUUUACAACGAGACCAUCAAAAUGAUAGCCUUAAUAUUAUUAGGAGCUAUUUUACUCUGGGGAUUAUACAAAUAUGGAACUUGGAACUAUGAUAGAUUUAAGGGCACGAUUGCUCCUUAUAUAGAACCAGUACCCUUUAUAGGAAAUUCUUUAAAAUUCAUUUUAAGACAAGAAGAUAUGAUUGAGAGCAUGGGAAGAUCAUAUACAGCGUUUCCAAAUCACAGAUUUGUAGGAAACUUUCAAAUGGGCUUACCUUCCGUUCUAUUGCGAGAUCCUGAACUUAUUCGUCAAGUAGCCGUUAAAGAUUUCGACAAUUUCCCAAACCAUCGUGUUUUCUUCGAUCCAGCAGCAGAACCGUUAUUUGGAAGCAGCCUCUUCGCUCUGCAAGAUCAGAAAUGGCGUGACAUGCGAGCUACCCUUAGUCCAGCUUUUACUGGAAGCAAAAUGCGACUAAUGUACGAAUUUAUUAUUGAAUGCGCACAACAAUUGACUGAUCAUCUACAUGAGGAAGUUAGUAAAAAAGGUACUUUGGAUUUAGAAAUUAAGGAUCUCGUCACAAAAUAUGCUAAUGACGUUAUAGCAACCUCUGCAUUUGGAAUUAAAGUUGAUACUCUGAAAGAUCCUGAUAAUGAAUUUUAUAGAAUGGGUAAAAAAGUAACCAACUUUUCUGGAGUAUUAGUGAACUUGAAAUUUGCCGCCUUCUUGAUGAUGCCUCAAGUUAUGAAGUUUUUCAAAAUAACUUUACUCAAUCAAGAAUGCGGUCAAUUCUUCCGUACUUUGGUACAUGGUACCAUGGAUGAGAGAGAAAAACAAGGAAUUGUUCGUCCUGAUAUGAUUCAUUUACUAAUGGGAGCAGAUGCAACUCAGGACACAGGUUUUGCCACCGUUACUGAAUCUUCAAUAACAAAAACACCAACUCCUAAGAGAGCCUGGUCAAAUGACGAGAUAACUGGUCAAGCAUUGCUCUUCUUCUUGGCUGGUUUCGAAUCAAUUUCUGCAUCAACUUGUUUCAUUGCAUACGAAUUAGCAAUAAAUCCAGAUGUUCAGAAAACACUGCAAGAUGAAAUAGAUGAAGUUUGUGAAGAUUUGGAACAAUCCAAUCAAAAACUAGUAGAUUAUGAAAGAUUGCACAAGAUGAAGUACUUGGAUAUGGUCGUAUCAGAGGGUUUAAGAAAAUGGCCAGCAGCUCCAUUCACUGACAGAGUUUGCGUUAAUGGAUACUCUUUGGAAGAUUAUGAAGGAAAUAAGUUUGAGGUAAAGAAAGGAGAAGCUGUGCUGUUUCCAAUAUACAAUAUACAUCAUGACGAGAAAUAUUACGAUAAUCCACAUAAAUUUGAUCCAAGCAGAUUUAGUGAAGAAAACAAAAACAAUAUCAAGCCGUUUACAUACAUGCCUUUUGGUGUAGGACCUAGAAAUUGCAUAGGUUCAAGAUUCGCUCUGAUGGAAAUGAAAACAUUGCUUUUCAACAUUUUGAAAGAAUUUGACAUAGUGCCUUCUGAAAAAACUCAGAUUCCAUUAAAACUGGCAAAGGGUUUGAUGCAAAUGAAACCAGAAAAAGGCUUCUGGGUAAAAUUGCAACCACGAAAAACGAGAAAAUAAAUACGAUAGAUAUAAAU